AUGGAAAUCCGCUCCCCCGCGGCGGUACUCGCCACCGUUGGGCACCCAGCCUUGUCACCUGAAGUCCCACAAGCAUUUCUCCGGUUUCACGACUACGGCAAGGUGGAUUACUGGGACGAGCGGUACAGGAGGGAUGCGGAGCCCUUCGACUGGUUUCAGAGAUACGCGGGGCUGAAGCCGAUUUUUCUGGAGGUUGGCAUCGAGCCGUCAUGGAAGAUCCUCGUUCUGGGCUGCGGCACUUCGCGAGUCAGCGAAGAGAUGUACGCAGAAGGGUACAAGAGCAUCGUCAAUGUUGACUACUCGAGCGUCUGCAUCACCAACAUGCAGCGGAGAUGCGCGGACAAGGAGGAAAUGACGUUCCUGCAGAUGAACGCGUUGGACAUGAGUCAGCUGGGAAACCACGAGUUCAAUCUCGUCUUCGACAAGGGCACCAUGGACUGUGUGCUCUGUGGGGACAAUUCGUUCGACAACGUCGCCAAGAUGCUGCGGGAAGUCAGCCGCGUUCUAGUGCCUGGUGGUGUGUAUAUUGUUGUGUCUUACGGCCAACCGAACUUUCGCCUCUCGCACUUGCAGAGGGACGAAUACAACUGGACGGUCACGAUGAAGACUAUCCAGAAGCCGAGUCUCAACGUGCAAGCGCCGAUUGACGAGAAAGACAACGUUCACUACGUGUACAUCUGUAAGAAAAACGCGGCCGAGGAAACGCAAGGCGCUGUGGACCAUGCCCCAACCGCAGCUCUGACCAACUGA